AUGGACAUCAGCAAGUCGAUGUACGGUCUCUUAGGCCACAAGAAGGAAAGUUUGCACUAUUCAUUGAAGCUCGCGAAGAUGCUGCAGCCAUUAUCUGUCGAGAAAUCAUGCGCUCCAACCACCGAGUCGCAAAAGCUUUGCCUAUCAAACUCAAACAGGCUUACACUCGGUUAUGCCAAAAGCUCCGUGUACACUCAGAAACCCACCGGCAACUGGCCAGAGCACUUUCCCGUUUCCAUUGAGUUCACAGAUGGCCGCACAACUCUCCGUCCACUUGCGAUACACCUGGUCACCUCUCGACCUGUUCUCUUUGAGGAGGCUGAGCUCGCCCCCCAUUCUGCAAACAAGAACAAACCACUUCCUGGGAAGUGCGCACUUCAGUGGGAUUGCUACACCUGA